AAAGAAAAAACAAAAAAAAAAACAAGAGAGAGAGAGAAUAGAAUAGUUCGUCGCAAGAGUUUUAACUUCGAGGAGCCGAAAGCUUCACUCUGAUUCGCAGAGACGACAUAGAUAAAACACGAAGAACUGAAACUGCUCAGAUUUUUUUAAAUUUGAUUAUUUUUUUCUAACUCUUUAAUCCAAUCUCAGGGAAUCAUGAACACAUCGGGAUCGAAGAUUUCUCUGUUCUAAGCUUCCGGAUUCGGAAAUUCGAAGACUUUUAAUCCAAUCAAGCCGAGCUAGAGAUAAAGAUUCUUGAUUUUGAAUUUUGGAAGACAUGUUGGAGAAUCGAUCACCAGAUUCGUGUUUGAGUUCAAGGCUUUUCUCAAGCUCUCGUAUCUCCGAAUCAACCUGGUCCAACGCUUUCAUGUUUCCACACGAUGACGACGAGACUAAUAACAAGCUCGGCAACGGCAAGAAGAGAGCUUUGGAGGUUGUUGGUGAGAUUAGAGGCACCAAAUCACUUAAACUAAUGGGUUUCUCUAUUACUUAUGAUAGCGAUUCUUCUGACUAUUCAUCUAGUGGAGAAGAUGCUGCUGCAGAUGGGUCUAUUCAUGAGCAAGAGCAAGCUGAUUCCAACGACAAUGGUGGUGGUGGUGGUGAUUCGUCUGAUUCACAUUCUCUUUUCAACGAGAUUGGUCGGGACAAUUCUAUUGACUGUCUGAUCCGCUGCUCACGGUCUGAUUACGGCUCCAUUGCUUCCUUGAGUAGAAACUUCCGUUCUUUGGUGAAGAGUGGAGAUAUUUAUAAGCUAAGGCGACAAAACGGGUUCGUGGAGCAUUGGGUUUACUUCUCUUGCCAGCUCUUGGAGUGGGUUGCGUUUGAUCCUGUGGAGAGAAGGUGGAUGCAGUUGCCAACGAUGCCUUCUAGUGUUACCUUCAUGUGUGCAGAUAAGGAGUCUUUAGCUGUUGGGACGGAUCUUCUCGUCUUAGGAAAAGAUGAUUUUUCUUCUCAUGUAAUAUACAGAUACAGUCUUUUAACUAAUUCUUGGUCUUCUGGUAUGAAGAUGAACUCUCCGAGGUGUUUGUUUGGUUCAGCUAGUCUUGGAGAGAUUGCUAUAUUCGCUGGUGGUUGUGAUUCUCAGGGGAAGAUUCUUGACUUCGCUGAGAUGUACAACUCUGAGCUUCAGACUUGGGUGACUCUUCCGAGGAUGAACAAACCGAGGAAGAUGUGUUCAGGGGUUUUCAUGGACGGGAAGUUCUACGUCAUUGGUGGUAUAGGCGGUGGUGAUGCCAAAGCCUUGACGUGUGGAGAAGAAUAUGAUCUUGAGGCCAAGAAAUGGACUCAUAUCCCUGACUUGUCGCCUCCGAGAAGCCGUGCUGAUCAAGCUGACACGCGGCCAGCGGCUGAAGCGCCGCCUCUUGUCGCGGUUGUGAAUAACCAGUUGUACGCUGCUGACCACGCAGAUAUGGAGGUGAGGAAGUAUGAUAAGGAGAAGAAGAAAUGGUUAACUAUUGGUAGGUUGCCUGAGAGAGCUGGUUCGGUUAAUGGAUGGGGGCUUGCUUUUAGGGCUUGUGGGGAGAGGUUAAUCGUUAUAGGUGGACCAAAGUACUCGGGGGGUGGGUUUAUAGAGCUGAAUUUUUGGAUACCGAGGGAUGGUGAUCCACCAGAAUGGACAUUGCUUGAUAGGAAACAUUCUCCUAACUUUGUGUACAAUUGUGCAGUGAUGGGUUGCUGAAAACAACACAGAUUCUUGUUGAUGGGUCUAAAAGACUACACUGAAGAUUCCAAGCUCGCCAAUCUUUAUGUUUCUUCUUCUUCUUAUUUGUUUUCUUACAAAAAUUUUCAAUUUGGAUACAAUCAUCUCUGUAUUGUUAGAGGACCAGAAAAGGAAACAGGUUUAUAAUAAGUUGGUUAAAAGUUAAAAGCUUUUUAGAGUUUACCAGUAUCUGGUUAACAUUGUUGUAUAUGUUUU